AUGAAUGCUUCAGGGGUCAACGUGAAUGAAGCUCGUCGAGCUGUUCCUGCAAGACAUCCUCGCCCCUUAUCCUCUGCUGAAAGAAAUCAGCAAGAACCUAGUUCAUCCUCUGCCAACAGUAGACCAAAUGGCGGAUCAAAUGUCAUUAACUUAGAUGAUCUAACUGGAGAUGUUGAUGAGGAAGUCAAUACUUCCCUCUCAGACAGAUAUCUCAAGUGGCAAGAUCUCAGUGAAGUGCUUUUGAAGAGCUAUAUAGAAAGCCACGAAUUGCAUGGCCAUGCCGAUCCAUGCCUCGAUGCGCCGAUAAUUAUUGGAACGAAGCCCCAAAGCUGCGAUUGUACCUCCAGAAUCACUUCAUGGCCUAUCAAUGGCUUCAUGAUGUUUAAGCGAUGUAUUUUCCAAGUGGAGUAUUGCUCGCACCAAACAUUGCUCGAGUCGCUUUUGAUGUCUCAAAUGAUGCCAACAGCAACUGUGUUUCCCAAGUCUGCAGUGCAUUUCUCCCUCUUUGAGUCUAUGAUUGACAAUCGCUUAAAUGCGUACUCAUCGGUUUAUGGCUUUGUUAAAGCAAACAAUGCUAGCAACCUGAGACUCUCAAGCUAUGAUCCCAAAUUCAAACCUCUUCCAUCUUCGUUUCACGAACUGGCUUUAGUUUAUCAAAGAGUUAAAAAACACUCAAUUGACAGCGUAUAUCGCCAACAUGAUGUGGAAAGAGAUUGCAGCUGCUUGGCAUGCAAGGGGGCACCAAGAAAGGGAAUAACAAUGGAUGGAAAUUUCCAACAAAAACGAUAUAGAUCUAGACAGAUUGACAUUGUUGAUAAUGGCAAUCCCAACAUCUUUCUUACUUCUGAGGCUGAGAAAGCAAAGUUUGGUGACAAAGCAGAUGUCGACAAAUAUGAUCGAGCAGAGACUGCUGCGACCGAGGAUUGUCUUCUGGAAAAUUUAGAUAGCGAGUUUCAAGCUCUCAGCAAUAACCGCAGAACUACCAGCAACCGCUUUGAUGAAAAUGGUGUCUUCAGCAUAAAUUGUGCUCGUCAUGGAAUUGUUGAAAGACUAUUUGAUAUUUUUGAGGGAGAAGGGAGAAAGUAUGCUUUGGCUGGUGUAGAACAUGUCAUUAAAAACUUGGAAGAAGAUCAGAAGCUUCUGAUUAUGUAUGAUGUAGCAUGCGCAUGUAGAGAAACUUUCAACAAAGCUUUCCCAGAGCUUCAAAGCGAGCGUGAUGUGUGGUAUGCGGUGAGUAUUUUUCAUGCGUACGCACAUAGUGCUGCUUGCCAAGCCAAAAACAACCCCAGGUAUGUGGAUCAUGCACUAGGAUUAACAGAUGGAGAAGGAGCAGAGAGAUUUUGGUCGUUUGCCAAUCAUUUCGUCGCGCAAAUCAGGUCGAUGACCAAAGCUAACCGUAGGGCAAUGAUUGUUGAAUUGGCUGAGGCAUAUUGCGAUGAGAAGAUGAUAGAAUUGCCAAAUUUGUUCGUGAAAAAAUACGACAAAGCAAUGGACACUAUCAGAAGACUCAACAUGACCAAGAGUGCCUACAGUAGUUUCGAAGUACAGUGGAAUAGCCACAGAACUGCGCUCGCUGUGCCUUUUUCCAACGUGAGGAACCUUCAAAGGCUACAUGAAAGGGCUGAAGGAAACAUCUUGCUUAUGAACGAUAUUAAGCAUGAGUAUGCAGUGACAGCUGGUCAACUCAUUUUCCUCAACUCAAGAGAUUCGCCUAUUACAAGUGGCUAUAUAACUGGCUUGAAGCGUCAACUGGAAGCAAAACUCAAUGAACUCGAGCGACUAUUUCCUCAGUUAAUUGUCCAUGGAGGAAGGCCGACAACCUUUGGUCACAUUACAAUGCAGCAAUACUUUGAUGCAAUCAAAGAUGAAUGCCACAACAUAUUAGUUAAAGUCUUAAGACAACUAAUCUUUUCCAUUUUCAUGAACGAUAAUGAGCUUCGUAGGCCCAAUUCGACUGGAACUGAUAAAGCUGCUAGGCUGCUAGUAUCCAUUGCCUCCUCUACAAAGAAGGCUGGACUAGUAGUAGAUAGCAUUAACAAUUUUGUCGAUAGAAACUUUGGAGGGGAUCCUAGUAAAAAAGUGCCCAGUGUCGCAAUUGAGCUGCAAAGGCUCAGAAACAAUGAAGAUGCUGAUUUCUUGAGACUGUCCCAAGGAAUGAAAGACUGGCAUACCCUUAGAAAGUGUGUCGAGGAAACAUCAAUUCUUGUUGAAGAGGCACAGAGAUACGAGCAGAACUUACUCGCUCGUAUUGAUGGCAUCUAUGAAGCUGCUCGCCAGAACCACUUGAUCAAGAUAGAUUAUCUCAAGUGGAAUCCACCAAGGUACAACCCCGAGGCAGGAGAUGAUGAUUUGGUAGUCGUUUGCUUUGCUGACAGAAGUGAUGUCCACGUGUUCUCGCCAAGACCACUUGCUGAUGACCGCGCAGAUGAAGAAGGCAUUGUUGGCAGUGAUAAUGGUAGAGACGAUGAAGUCGAUGAUGAUGAUGAAGAGAGCGAUGGUGGCGAUGAUGAUCGUGGUUAUGGUGAUAGCCAAACCAAUAUGGCUGACAGCAUAGCGUCUACACUAGCCUCAGUUAUGCUCGAGCAGUCUACUUAG